AUGCCGCCCGUGCACUUCCGCCUGCCCGGCGUCGUGCCCAGCCUUGACGAAAUCGUGUGCUCGGAGCCCUGCGCCCUCCAGCCGGGCCCCUACAGCAAGGCCGCGUUCGUGGACUUCUUGCGCCUGUCCCACUGCGCAGAGAACCUCGACUUUGUGUGGGACGUCGACCGGUACUUGGAGCGCUUCUGCCAGCAGGAAGCCGUGCCCUUUCUCGACGACGAGACCAUCCUCGAGAACCUGCGGCUCGUGCGCUUGUGGACGCUCAUUUACGACACGUACAUCUGCCGCACGGCGCCGCGCGAGGUCAACGUGCCCGGCAAGUUGCUCGCCCGCUUCCUGGCCCACGUAUUGCCAGACCACAAGGAGGUACUGGUCUUGCGCAAGGCCGUGUACGAGCUUCUCUCGGCCAACUACAACGACUUCGUGACCUCGGCCCGCGAGCACCACGCCCACCACAUCUUGUGCCGCCGCCCGCUGGAGGCCGUGGCCCCGGAGGCCCUGCUGCAGGACCACGACUCGCCGCACGACGUGCUGUCGCCAGACACCAUCUUCCACAUCAUCAGCCCGGACCUCCUGGUGCAGUGGGAAAAGACGCUCGAGACGUACGAGAUGCUGAAGCUCGCGAGCUCCUGCGAGUCCGCGGGGCUCCCGACCAGGAACAACUCGGCGGGCGCCGCGUCCACGCGCCCGUCGUCCCGCGGCUCGUCGCUCGGCUCGGUGUUCGACAAUAUCCGUGAGUACUCCGGCUGGAAGAAAACGGUGCGCAAGUUGCGCCCGCGCCGCUCCUCUUCCGAGAAGCCGGCGGACGACAUGUCGCUUUGA